AUGGACAAGUUUGAGAAAAAUUUGGAGAGAGAGGUUACGGCGAUGAGGGAGUGUUACAGGAGUGGAAAGACCAAACAAGAAUCUUGGAGGAGGUCUCAGCUUAAAGGGUUGCAAACAUUUCUUAAGGAGAAAGAGGUUGAAAUUUUCAGGGUUUUAAAGCAAGAUUUAGGGAAACAUUAUGUUGAAGCAUUUAGAGAUGAGGUAGGACUUUUAAGGAAAUCGUUGAAUCUCGCUUUGAAGGAUUUGAAAAAAUGGAUGUCCAGCAGAGAGGUUAAACUUCCUAUAAUUGCACUGCUUUCAUCUGCUGAAUUGGUUCCUGAGCCUCUUGGCCUUAUCCUCGUUAUCUCGACUUGGAACUUUCCCUUCGUACUCUCCUUGGAGCCUUUAAUAGGAGCCAUAGCUGCAGGAAAUGGUGUGGUUUUGAAACCAUCAGAGCUGGCCCCUGCAUGUUCUUCUCUUCUCGUCAAUUUCCUCCCCAAUUACCUUGACAGUGAAGCUAUCAAGGUCAUUGAGGGUGGUCCAGCAGUUGGUGAACAACUACUUCAGCAAAAAUGGGACAAGAUAUUCUUCACAGGAAGUGCAAGAGUGGGACGGAUGAUAAUGUCAGCAGCUGCAAAGCAUCUAACACCAGCGACUCUCGAGCUGGGUGGGAAAUGCCCGGCUGUUCUUGAUUCCCUAUCCUGGUCUUGGGACAAAGAGGUGGCUGUAAAUCGAAUCAUUGGGGCAAAAUAUGGAUCUUGUGCCGGUCAAGUAUGUAUAUCAGUUGAUUAUUUAUUAGUGGAAAAGACAUUUUCAUCUACUGUGGUGGAAUUGAUGAAGGUUUUGAUCAAGAAAAUGUAUGGAGAUAACCCUAGAGAAUCACACAGUGUUGCGAGGAUAAUUAACAAACAUCAUUUCUUGAGACUGAAAAAUCUUUUAACAGAUCAAAUGGUUAAAGACUCCAUUGUCUAUGGCGGUUCAAUGGAUGAGGACAGCUUGUUCAUUGAGCCAACGAUAUUGGUGGAUCCGCCGCUUCAAUCAACAAUAAUGACAGAAGAGAUAUUUGGCCCACUGCUUCCAAUAAUCACAUUGGAUAAGAUUGAAGACAGCAUUGAUUUUAUUAAUUCAAGACCUAAACCCCUUGCAAUAUAUGCCUUCACCCAUAAUGAAGUGCUCAGGAAGAGAAUGGUAUCUGAAACAUCAUCCGGGAGUGUGGUUUUUAAUGAUGCAAUCAUUCAGUUUGUAGCUGAUACCAUUCCAUUUGGGGGCAUCGGUGAAAGUGGGUUUGGAAAAUACCAUGGCAAAUUCUCCUUCGACACAUUUAGUCACUACAAGGCAAUCGCCAGAAGAAGCUUCCUCACUGAUUUUUGGUUCAGGUUUCCUCCAUGGAAUAAUUACAAACUGGAACUUUUAGAGACUUCUUACAAUUACGAUUAUUUCGGAGUGCUGCUUGUCAUUUUGGGGUUGAAGAAGUCUAGAAGGAGAUUUGAUAUCAACUAGCAUUUUCCUCAGGCAUGAUCAGCUUAUACCUUCAGCUUAUAUAUUCUUCAUCGAUGUGAAGGAAUUCCUCCGAAAGUAUGUCAGAAAUAUGAGCACUGAGCAUAAUUAAUCAGCUGUUAUAUGUCAAUCAUGCACAGAGAAUAUUAGAGAAGAAACAUAAGGAAACAAUAAGCAGUGUAAUUGGUACCAGACUUCCUUUAAACAUCCCAUCUAUUUCUCAUCCAGUCUCAUUGUAAUUUAAUGUUGCAAAGUUGUUCUUUCAUCAUGAAUCAACUAUAUAGUUUGUGUGUCAGCAAAUGGUGAUUUUGUUAAUUAUGAGGAUUUGGAACAGCAUGUUUGACAGUUUUUGGUUUUGGUUCAUUUAUAAUGUAUUGUACUAUUACAAUACAAACUGUAUUUGUGGGGGAGAAAUGGGCUUUGGAUUACAAUCUUCUACUAGAGUACGAUGAAAUAAAAUGUUCAAUGACUCAUCUUAUCACUGUUACAAAAUGACUGCUUACACAAAUGAUGAAAAACUACUAAUCUAUAUGUUUUAAGACAAUCUCACAAGCUCUACUCCUAGGUGAUAUAUCAAAUUGGACAGGGCUCACGUUAGUGGAAAAAAUUGACAUAAGCAUUCAUUAUUCAGUACAAGCAUGU